GCGCGGCUGGACGCGGCGAUUGCGGCGGUGGAAGCAGCGCCGGUGAACGGACAGGCGGUGACGGUGCAGGUGACGUGGCACGCGUACAUGAUAGACCCGCGCACCAAGCGCCAGGGGGAGCCGUACCUGGCAUACAACCAGAGGCGCUGGGGGGGCGACGGCUGGACCACCUCCCUCAGACGCUCGGGUGCUCGCAGCGGGCUCAAAUUCGGGGACUGGCAGUGGUGGCCGCACACCCUCAAUGCACACAGGUUGGUGCAUGCAGCAACGCAGCAGGGCAAGGGCAGUGAGGCGAAGCAGCGGCUGUUUGAGAUGACGUACGAGGAGGGCCGCAACGUGUCUGACGCCUCAGAGCUGGCUGCCGCUGCGGCUGACCUCGGCCUCUCUCACAUCGACUCUCCUGCCUACUUCGUGCGUGCUGCUGGGCUCACUCACAGGAGAGUCUUCUGGGUUUGA